UGUUCGAUAAAAUGUCUCAAUGUUAUUCCCUGCUUUUGAUUCUUUUUUUGAAAGAAUUUUAAUUUGUUACAUAGUGUUAGAUUUUCUAUUUUCUAUUGAUUAACUGUUGCACUAGCGGGUUCUGCAAAUUUUGUUUGCCUUUUUGUUGCUGGAGCCUAGAGUAUUAUAUGAAUCUGUGGACCUAGAGUAUUAUAUGAAUCUGUGGAUCUUGUUCUGCUAUUUUUGUUUUAGUUUUUAACUGCUCACGUCACUGCAACAGUUUUAGCUUAUUCAUUUUGUUUACUGGAAUGCAAAUAUUAGGCAAUUGUUCUAGUCAUUGAAACCUGCGUACAUUGGAAAAGAGUGCAAGGAAAAUAAAAAUAACUAGUAAUAGUAGAGUAGUAGAUGAGGGUAAUUUAGGUAUACUAAGUUUUUCCCAUCAAUUAAGCUGGGGCAAUGGCUCAACCGUUCUUUCUUCUCUAGUUCUUUUACACCCAGCUUUAUAGAUUUCUUAUUACGCUGUGAUUUUUAAACUUCUAGUGACAAACAAAACCACAUUUUUUCCCCAUCAACUUGUUGGGUAAUUAAAUUUUUCUUAAAUUUUGAUGGGUUCACAUUAACUAUCUAUAUGACGAUUAGUAGUUGCCUGGGAGAUUGUCAAUUCCUCUUAUUUUUGCCUUUCCUGAUAUCUUUGGUUGGCAUUGCAUAAGUGUGGCUGUUUUUGGAAUUAAAAAUUCAUAUGUAUCGAAUUAGGACUAUUAUUUCAUGCAAUCUUUUGUUCCAAGGCAAGCAAACAUGAUUUAUUUGUGUCAAUAUAUAAUUAACUUUAUAUACAACAUAAAAGCGUAUUGAAUCAUGUAUCGUAGCAGUGUAGUGAGAGUUGCUGAGUUGAGUUCAAGUUGUUUGAUGAAUAAGACAUCCUAUAUUUGUUAAACAUAGUUUGAUAUGUAAAUAUAUUGUAAGAAGGCUCUUGACAUUGGUGAAUUUUAUGCAAAGUCGCAAUCUUCUUGUUGCAGAAAAAUGUUGUGGUUAAGUUUGUCAUAUGUUUGCUCAAGUAAAUACAAAUGCAAAUGAUUUUAUUCUCAGGAAUAAGUGAUGAAGCUUUCAAUUUCCAAUGAAUGAAAAUUUUGGUUAUUAGGUUUCAUCUUCUUAAACUUAAGAACCUGCUAUGCCUCUAUAUUUCGAAUUAUUUUGAUUUGUGACUAGGUGAGAAGGGGGUGGAAAAUUGUGAUGAUAGCAUUUUUUUUUUUCCUUGUGAGAUGUUAUAGUAGAAUGGUUGUUCGUCAAUGAAAUCAAUUUUAUGUAUAUUACCCUUUGGAAACUCACAGACUAGGUGUUUUUAUGAAGAUUCUUUUGCCUGGCUUUGGACAAAUCUUGGAAAUUGGGAAAUACAAAAUAUGGAAAAACAAAAUAGUCAACAGCAAAAACAACAAUCACCUGUUGUCUCUUCAUGUCGAAAGAAGAAGAAUGAGGAGGCCACUUUUAUGGAGGAUUUGAAGGAUCACAUUGAUGAAUUCAUUCAUGCAUCUAUGGAUGAGCACAAGAGCUGCUUUAAGAAGACCAUCCAAAAGAUGUUUGGAAUGUCAAAGAUUGUUGCAGAAAGGAGUGGUGAAGCUAAAGAAGUCGAAAGUUCUCUGCCCCUCCGCACUGUGGUGUCAGACUAGAACAUAGAAAGUGGUUCAGCCAACAAAUGUAUACAAAAGAAUGUUAGUCGCUUAACUCUGUUCACAAAGAACUUUCAGUGUGUCUACCCUUAAAGCAGCUCUCUUAAAGUCCUGGGUAACCAGGCAAGACUUUCGAAUUAUUCCUAAAAAGCCCAACAUCUUUCUUAUAA